AUGCGCCUCCUGCUGCUUUCGUCGCCCCUGCUGCUGCUCCUCGCGGCAGUCGCGGCCGCCACCACCACCUUCCGGCCCGACUGGAACCGUCUACACGGCCUGGCCCGAGGCCGGGUAGAGACAUGUGGGGGAUGACAGCUUAAUCGCCUGAAGGAGGUGAAGGCCUUUGUCACCCAGGACAUCCCACUCUACCACAACCUGGUAAUGAAACACCUCCCGGGGGCCGACCCGGAGCUCGUGCUGCUGGGCCAACGCUUUGAGGAACUGGAGCGAAUCCCACUCAGCGACAUGACUCGCGAGGAGAUCAACGCGCUGGUGCAGGAGCUCGGCUUCUACCGCAAGGCGUCGCCCGACGAGGCUGUGCCCCCAGAGUAUUUGCGGGCGCCCGCUAGGCCCGCCGAAGGCGCUCCUGACCGCGCUGACCUGUAG